AUGAAAAGUGUUAGUCUUUUAUUUUGUCUACUAGCUGUUAUUCACACAGCUCAAUCAGUUGAUCCAAGUUGUAGUGGCAAAUAUAAUACAAAUCCAAUAUUACGCGAUGAACCUACUUUUGUAAGUUCUGUACCAAAUGGUAAACGUUUCGUUGUUGGAUCAGGUUAUGAUAAAAUUAAUAUUGUACAUCUUUAUGG